AUGCUCUUAGCUUUGGCCUCAACGACGACGCGAUCAGAACCCUCCACGAGCUUCCUCCUGAAAGCUUGGCCUACGUCCAGCAGAACUUUGAGCCGCGCGAGGGCACGAAGAACAUAUCGGCCUUGUUCAUCAGCUUCGCCAGGAAGUCUCACUUCAAUCGAACCGGCCAGCAGCUGGGUAGGCAGUCCGCGCAGGAUCGAGCAAAGGGCUUGCUUGACGAGUUUGCGCACAGGUGGGAGCUCAAUUCUGACGCAGUAG